AUGCAAGGUGCAAGAUUUGUAGAAACCAAUUUGGUUUAGAAGAUGCUCCGUAAUCAAAGUUAUGAUUUUCACAAGAAGAAAUUAGAUUAAAUUUAAACGGAGUAAUUAAGUUAUUGUUAAGAUUUAGCAAAAAGCCAAGAUUUGCUUUCAAAGAUUUGCCAGUACUAAGUAAAACAUAACAAUUAAAAGCACAAUCCUCUAGAUUUCAGAAAUCUGAAUAAAGAAAGCGGAUUGAUGAAUAAAAUUAAUAUUUAACUUCACAUAUCAUAGAAAUUCAAGAAGGCAAAGCAUCUCAAUUCAGAUCAAUAUGGACAGUAUAAAAUUUAAGAGAGAAAGCAUAUGUAAGUUGAAUUGUUUAGCUUUAAGGCAGACACUUCAUUGUGGAGUGAGAAUGCAUUGGGAAAGAGGUUGCAUUCCCCUUUGAGAAGAAAAUAAUAAUAAAAAAUAGAUGAAGAAAACUAUGAACUACAAAAAAGAUUAGAACUUACAAAAUAAAUACUUAUUGAAAAAUAAUAAGAGUAAAUACAUAGAUAUGAAAAAUUACGUGAUCAUAUGACCAGAAUAAAACCUAAAGGUCAAAGUUCUCCAAUGAUGAAAACUCAUUUUCCAUGUGUCAAAAGUAAAAGUACUACUUAAUUGAUAAAUAAGCAGUAUCAAUCUGAUUCAUUAAUGCAUAAUAGUAAGAUGAAUGAUUUGUUAAAAUCAGAAAUUAAUCUUAGCAAGAUAUCAAAAUUAGAAUGA